ACACCUCAGCUGUGGGACUGACUGAAGCACUUCAGUGAAAAGGAACUUUUCGGCCUCUUAAAACCUGAGAAGAGUUUAGAGCAGGGCACCCUCCUUUGGACGAUGCAAAUAAAUCACCAGCGGUCGUGGUAAAGGUGGGGGGAGAAGCUAAAACCCGUCCUGCCCUGAAGGUUUUCCAGCAAAAGCGAGGAAUAACGCUUGCUCUGUGCCCUACGAACUAACCAGCCAACAGCGAGCAUUACACAGUGCCUCAUGGUCUCGCAGCAGCAGCAGGCUAAACUUUUCACCGUGACUCCCAAUGGAACCUGUGAGACAGAAGGAACUUUUUAGCACUUAGAAUACCUUUGCCAGACAGUUCCUCGUAGCGGACACGCGAAAAGGAAAAGGAACCGAACCCCGCAUCCCUCAGCCCUCGGCACGCGGUGUUUAUAAGCGGCGGGAGGCGCCGGGCGGGAGCUGCGGGGCUCGGCGCGGGGGGAGGAGGAGGAGCCCAUUGGCUCCCGGGCCGUGGGAUCCCAAAUCCUGCGAGUGAAUGAGGCAGCCCGAGAGCGGGCCGGGCGAUUCCUCUUCCCCAAGGAAGGAAAGAAGAGAAGGCAGCUGCACUUUUGGUGGUGAGACAACGAAAUCCGGGCGGGGCUCCUUUCCCUCCUCAUUUCUGGGCUUAUUGGAUUUGUCGUGAAUGAAAUCAGCAUGUGAGAAGAUCUAAUUGGAACUGUAAGUUUACUUGAAGAUGCCACAAAGGGAAGAACUCAUCUGCAAGUCUUGUCUUUCAGAGCUGUCUGCUCUCUUCCAGUACAAGAAGAAUGUUUUUGAGAAAGAUGACUUGUGAAAACCGUGCAGGAAGUUGGGUUUGUGAUACUGAGUGAGAGACAUCAUGCCUUACAGCGGACACUUAUCCUGAAGGACUGACACUGUGCUCUCAAAGUAAACUGCAAGCACUCUUUAUAAACAAAACAGAGAAGACAAAAAUAAUUCUGUUCCUAAACAGGAAUAAGAAUUACAAGAACUGCAUCAGAAUGUUUGUUAGUCCUAGAAGAGUCAGAAAAUGCCAGUUCUUGCAGAUAUUUGCCACUUGCUUCAUACUGUGCGUCAUGAUUUUCUGGGGACCAUUUGAUAAUCGCUUUGUAAGCCAUAUGAAGUCCUAUUCAUACAGAUACCUCAUAAACAGCUACAAUUUUGUGAAUGACAGCCUGUCCAUCAGUAGGGAUAACAUGGACAGAGUAGCAAGCUACCAGUACUUGAUGAACCACAGGGAGAAAUGUCAACAGCAGGAUGUCCUUCUCCUGUUGUUUGUGAAGUCUUCUCCUGAAAACCGUCAUCGGAGAGAUGCAAUUCGACAGACUUGGGGUAAUGAGAAAUAUGUUCGUUCUAAACUUAAUGCCAACAUUAAAACCCUUUUUGCUUUGGGACAACCAACAGAUCAUUUGCGGCAAAGAGACCUUUAUCUGGAAGACCAGAAAUACAGCGAUUUGAUUCAGCAAGAUUUCUUGGAUACUUUUCACAACCUUACUACUAAAUUACUUCUACAGUUCAGCUGGGUAAAUGCCUACUGUCCUCAUGCCAGGUUUAUUAUGUCUGCAGAUGAUGAUAUAUUUAUCCAUAUGCCAAAUCUUGUUGCUUAUCUCCAAAGUCUAGCACAAAUGGGUGUUCAGGAUCUCUGGAUUGGCCGUGUCCAUCGUGGAUCCCCUCCCGUAAGAGAUAAGACUAGCAAAUACUAUGUUCCAUAUGAAAUGUACCAGUGGCCCUCGUAUCCAGACUACACAGCAGGAGCUGCGUAUGUAAUAUCAAGUGAUGUAGCAGCUAAAGUAUAUGAGGCUUCAUUGACUCUCAAUACCAGUCUUUAUAUAGAUGAUGUCUUCAUGGGCCUCUGUGCCAACAAAAUGGGAAUUGUACCACAGUAUCAUGCCUUUUUUUCUGGGGAAGGAAAGGCUCCAUAUCAUCCCUGCAUUUACAACAGAAUGAUGACAUCUCAUGGACAUGUGGAUGACCUUCACUAUCUCUGGAAGCAGGCUACCGAUCCCAAAGUUAAAAAGCUUUCCUCGGGGCUCUGGAGUAGAAUAUACUGCAGAAUAGUUAAUAUUAUGCUUCUCUGUAAGCUGUAUUAUGAGAACACAUACCCUUGUUCAGCUGCAUUUUCCUAAUACUUGAAUAUCUGUUGAAGAUCCACUGAGCCAAAACAGAGCAACAACUUUUUUUGCUGUUUAUUCAAAAUAUACGUAAAUGUGAAUAGCUGGGGUGGGCUUGGGAGGGGUGGGAUAGGAAAUGAAGCAGGGUAGUGGGAGGAUGGUGCCAAGUCCUGUUCAGAAACUGUUAUUGGAAUAGCUCUCCUAUUGUACCACAACUUUCUACAUUGUAGCCUGCUUUAUUACUAUUAUUUUUUUUACACCCUUCACAGGAUGAGAAUCUGAAUUAUAUGGUCAUUAAAUGAACUAUAAUGGACUUCUAGACUUUGAAAUGGUUGGUGAAAAUAUCACUUAUUUUGAAUUUGUUAGCAAGUCCUAAGGUUUUUUUUUUCUUUUUAAAAAGCUAAGGCAUGUGAUUUUUUUAAAAAAGUCUACUGCAUGAAAAUGAAGUAGACCUUUCAAAACGAGAGGAAGGAGAACUUGUGACUCAGUUUAGUAGUUCAAGGCAAUGUAAAUUGGUUACAUAUAUUCAGUAUUUUUGAAUGCUUUAUGGAAAGUAUGCCUGGACCUGCACAACUGACAAAGUACAGGAAGUGUAGACCUGCUACAGUCUUUUUCUCAAAGCCCCCUCUAUCUCUGAAGUAAGGAAACAGUGUCUGAGUGCCCUUUAACUUGCUUCUUCAAAGCAGCAAAUGAGCUCCCUUUAGAUCAGAAGUGAACUGGAAAGGAUGAAACUCUAGUGUUUAUGUCAAAGCUCUGUCUUCUGAAAAGUUAAGCUGUAUAUUUAAACAAUCCAGUCUUUAAUAAGACAAUAGACUAGGUGCGUUUAAUACUGGUCUUCUAACAGUGGUUCUGUUUUCUUUUGUUCAUGGUCCUGAAGGUGAAAAGCAAGUGAAAGUCAUAGUUGUGUUCCUCAGAGUGUUAUCUAUAGCCAAUUUGAAGCAGUUAGUGAUUUUAAAGAGCAAAGUUUCAUGUUUAGCAUUUGUUAAAUAAGGAGAAUGUUUUCUGCACAAAGGUUUGAUGUCAUGGUGAAAGGUUAGGCAGAUGGUGAUCCACAGAAACUCAAUACACAAAAUCACAGUCACUAAAACAUUUCUCAAGUCUUUUCCUGAAGAGAAAAGACUCUGUAGAAUGUCAUGGUUGUCUUUGUCCCCAAAAGCCUGUCUCUUGAAUAGAGCUAACUGUUAAUAUCACAUGCAGGAAGAACCAAAUACCUGUGCAUUGUAAAUCUAGGUAGUGCUGAAAUUCCAGGUGUUGAGUUGAAUUGUGGUGCCAUCUAAAUGUUGUUCCAAAAAAAAAAAAAAAAAAAAGUGGUUCUGAGAUGUCUGCAGUCUUUUCUCGUAUAACUUACUAAUGGUGUCUUUACAGUCUCACAGGACGGCUAACUUGGUUGUGGUAGCUCUUCCUGGAGCAGGCACAGGCUAUGCAAAGGGCAGUCAGAUAUUGCUUGUGAACUGAUUCAAUACUGGAACAAGUUAGUGUAGGUAAUGUCAUUAAAAACUACUUCUGAAAGAUUGAAUGAGACAAGUUUAUCAGCAAGCAGGAACAUGCAACCCAAGAACUUCGGGGUACCAGCGAUCUGCCACAGUCUUGGGAUCUGCCGAUAAUGUACUGCCUAUGGAAGCAAUGCUCCUUGCUUUCUGAGAUGUCUAAAGCUGGCCUUUUCUCCUCUGCCUGAAGUUUGUUACUGCUGUGUGGAGCAGUGAAGCAUUUAAUGUCUUGUAACUUCACUUUAGAAGAGUUGUGUGUGGCAUGGCAGUUUUAAGCUGUAAGUAGUAAAUUGUUUAAAUCACUGCUGCUGUUCUGUGAGCUGUGCUGCAGUUUUAAUGAUUUGAAUGCUAAUGGUAUUUGAAUGCUAAUAGCUAGCACUGAUUAAAAAAAAAAAAAGCAGCAGCUUGCUGACUGUUCCUGAAACUGCCAUUUCAGAUGGAUGUUAAGUAGCUACUAGAUUGAAGUGAAUAUGUAACUUCACAAUUGGUUUUCCAAGAGGAAAAUAAUAAUCCUAACUGGACAAAAUGUUAGGUGUGUAUAGAUCACAAACUCAUUUAUCAGUAUUAAAAUAAUUGGACUGCAACAGCUGUAUUCUAGAAAAACAAACCUGGUUCAUGUUCUUCCCUACAAACUGAUUACAACCUGAGGAUUUUUUCUUUUUUUUUUUUUUUUUCUUUUUAAGAAAGCAA